ACAUUUAACCUCUAAAAAGCUGAAAUAAAGCAUUCGUGCGGCUGUAGUCCAUAACAAACUGCAAAGAGUCAGAGGCAGCACUUUAGUUUAUUAGGUUUCCAAUCCUCUUAUGAUGAGACUCGCGCACCGCUCGUGAUUGGAAGCUCCCGUAUCCGGAUACGAACGUCAGUCAAUGAGCAUCAAGCGCCACACGCUGCAGCUUUGGGACAAGACCAGACUGUCCAAACUGUCCGACGUGGACUCUGAUGGGUUGAGUGAGAUGAACCUGGCGGACGGCGAACACCUGGCGAGCUGAACUAAAAGUUGCGCACUGAAGCCUACAGACCUCACCCGCAAUGUAACUUACUGCCGUGAAAUAAUUAUGCAAGACAACAAACCGGAUUACUUUUAUCAGCGGUAUCGCAAGGACAUCAUGUCUUCUGCUGUCCCUCGAUCAGGAUUUGUGGUCUUCUGCGUGCUUCUAGUAGUGACGCUCGCCCUAUACCCUGUUCUGAGGACAUUAGGGGUUCAGAUUUACUCUGCUUUCACAGGAAAAUAUGUGUCAGGAUAUCAUUCACUGCUGCUUGUCAACUGUCCUACUGAACAAACUGCCAGAGACAUUGGAAGAAUCAUCAUGGAGAAAAGGUUGGCAGCAUGUGUGAAUAUUUUUCCUCGUACUGCCACUAUGUAUUACUGGAAAGGUGAGAUUAGAGAUGCCACAGAAAUCCUGCUGCUUGUGAGGACAAAAACAUCUCUUGUGCAGAGACUUAUGACUUAUAUCAUAGCCAUCCACCCAUAUGACAUCCCAGAAAUCAUCACUUUUUCCAUUGAUGAUGGAAGCCAGCACUACUUGAAGUGGAUAGCAGAAGCAGUGACUGAUAGUUGACUUCUCAUGGUCCCACAAUGUCUUCUGUGGGAGCACGGUGUGCAGAAACAUACAGGGAUUAAUGGAGCACAAGCACAAGUUCUCAGGUUAACAGAAACCCUGGACCUUACAGAAGAACGAUAAAUGAAUGUCAUUAAUAUGAAGAUCACGGUAUACAUUUACUGGAUGAGUUUGUAUGGAAAGAGAUUUUUCGGAUGUGGUAACAAUAGUCCAUUUAUGCAUUUGGUGGAUGCAUUUCAUUCAAAUAGAGGAGCAAAAACAAUUUGUCACAGAGCCAACAGUAUCCAUAGUUUACAAACCCAUGUUUAUCAGACAAACUAAAGCAGGCAAAUGGACAGCAGAAAGUGAUUAAUUAAAAAACAACAACAACAACGUUUUGACAAUUUCAGGAUGAGUCUUUUUAAAUGGUCCGUUUCAGUGACCUGAGAUAUUGCAUAUACAGUAAGUGAUGCUUACUUAAGUAUUACUUAAACGUUUGUAUAUUUAUUGACUGUUUGAUUGAUGUGAACAGCUUCAUGAUAAAAAAAGAACUUAAUUUAACAGUAAAACUAUUUCAGGGUGUCUGCAAUUUAUGAGAAAAUUAAGGCCAUUAAAAGGUAUUAGAAAGUCUUAAUUGUGUUUUUACGAGGUCUUUAAUUUUGAAGUGUUUGUCCAAGUGUUUGACUCCAAGAAAGCAUUAUUAUAUAUUUAUUUUCCUCCUAAUAUUAACAACAGAGUGCUCGAUGCAUGCGAUUGGUUCGGGCUGGGGCACGUCUGGCCAAGCUCCUCCAUCCGGGUGAUGUCACGUAAUUUGCAACAAAUGCAGGAAGCUGAUGUGACGCUCUCCACGUGUAGCGAAAAAUGUAAGUUUGUGUACUCCUGGUUGGAGAAAGACGAGUUUAAACAGUGGCUGAAGCCUGUCACUGAAAACAAUCACGUAAUUUAUUCUUUUAACCUUUGUUUCUCCUGAGCUUAUCUGAGUUCUGUUGCAUGGUUGUGCUCCAUUGCUUUAUUUAACUUCAACUGUUUAUUAACAACUGUUUAAGUUAAAGGUUUGAUACUGAUUAGAACUUGAAGUGGUGAUGAGGUCUUAAAAUAUUCUGAGAAGGUCUUUAAAAAGUCUUAAAAAGGUAUUGAAAUUCCCUUUAGGAUUCCUGCAAAUACCCUGUAUUUACUGUUAAUUAUAUUUACAAUUUAAUAGUUAAAAUAUGCUCAUUUAUAUAAUGUACCUUUCCAAUUUCAAAGUGGUGGUUGAGCAGAAUUUUAUUUGUUUUACAAAUAAUGCAUAAAUUAAAUUUCAACUUUACUACACGAAUUUAACAUUAUUGAAUGUGCUACAGUAUGUUUGUUUAUGAAUUUUAUAGUAUCAUACUGUAAUGCAUUGAUUCUCACUACACUGUAUAAGCAUGUGAAUGUGGGGAAAAUGAAAUAAAAACACACCGUGUGUACCUGAA